AUGUCUAAACCCAAUGUGAUUUUGUAUAUAACAACAAUCACUAAGGAUCUCAUAGAAUACCUCCAAGAUGAUUACAAUUUUGAAAUAGCAUUAAGGUUGUUAGACGAUUUGAAACUACAAUCAGCAAUACAAAAUUUGAAAACUCCAUUCAAGUAUAAACAACUAGUAUCGAAUUUGUUUUCAAGAUAUGUUUUAAAUAAACAAAUUCAUAAACCAGUUUUUUCAAAAUUAGAGUAUCUGUUUAAUCAAUAUGGCAAACCAUCCAUAAAAGGUAUUAAUUUUAAUUCAAGUUCAUCCAAUGAUAUUAUUGCAAUAGCUAUUACCGGUUCAGAAGCAUCUAUAGGAAUUGAUUUAUCUCAUUCAUCACAAAACUUAUCACCAACAGAUUAUAUGGAGCAAUUCAAACCCAUAUUCAAUGAGAGAGAGGUUGGUAAAGUUGACAGUUAUUUCAAAUUUAAUCACUUUUGGACUUUGAAAGAAGCAUUUACAAAAUUGUUAGGAUGCGGAUUAAAUCUCGAUUUGUCUAAAUUUUACUUUAAUACUGAUGCAUUCAAUGAUAAAGAUUAUAGAGUUUUCAACAAAAUAGGGAAGAAUGAAUCUACUUUGUUAGAUAUCAGAUGGUGUGAGGACAUCGAACUAAAUGCUGAUCUAUUAUUUCAAGAAGCAAAUGUGCUUGUCAAAAAUCUAGAAAAUCGAUUUAGCUGCUAUAGUACAAUAUUAGAGUAUUCAAAUGGCAAACUUCCGGUAAUUUGUUCAAUUAUCACUCAAAAAAAGGUUAAUAUAGAAUGUAUAGAAAUUGAUUUCUUAACAGUAUUACAGAAUAUAUAA